UCUCCGCUCGGGGGCCAUGUUAGCUGUUCGCGGUUUUGUUUAACCGGUGUGAAAGGUGCGGGGAUUCUGGGCCAAUCCUGAGGUGACGGAAUUGAGGAAGUCCGAGAGAGGUUCUGUCCCCGCUGCAGAGAGGCGGGUCUCAGGCUCGACGCCGCCGCCCGGGGUGCCCCAUCCCAGGCCUCGGAUCCGGACCGCCGCGCCCGUCUGCUCUGCCCUCUCCUGGCCCCGCUCCGCCCACAGGUCCGAUGGCAGCGGCAGCCCGAAGGAACCCGCUUCAGGGCAGUGUGACCUUUGAGGAUGUGGCUGUGUACUUCUCCUGGGAGGAAUGGAGUCUCCUUGAUGAUGCUCAGAGAUGCCUGUACCACAAUGUGAUGCUGGAGAACUUGGCACUUAUAAUCUCCUUGGGUUGUUGGCAUGGAGCAGAGAAUGAAGAGGCACCUUCUGAACAGAACAUUUCUGUACAUGGAAUGUCAGAGGUCAGGAUUCCCAAGGCAGGCAUGAUCUCCCAGAAGGCCCAUUUUUGUGAGCUAUGUGACCUGGACUUGGGAGACAUUUUGCACUUGACUGAGCACCAGAGGCAGAAACUGUAUGAUAUUGGAGCAUGGGAGAAACACUUGUAUCUCAGUGUAAAACAUCAGCACCGCAAGCAGCACAUUGGAGAGAAAUGCCUCAGAAGCAAGAUGGGCAAAGCCUCAUUUAUGAACAACUGCAGAUUUUUUGUGUUGGGGAAGUCACUUUCCUGUGGGGAAUCCACACAGACCAGGGAUAAGUCAAACAGGAGAACUGAGUGUGGAGCAGCCUUUCACAGGAGGAAAACUCAUUACAGUCCUGGAGAAUGCACUGGAGACUUCAGUUGCAAACAUAUAGUUUCUCAGCAUCAGAGAGUCCUCACUAGGGAAAAAUGCUACACAUGUAAUGAAUGUGGGAAAUCUUUUAGCAAAAGCUACAGCCUCAAUGACCAUUGGAGAGUUCAUACAGGAGAAAAGCCUUAUGAGUGUGGGGAAUGUGGCAAAUCCUUUAGACAGAGCUCUAGUCUCAUUCAGCAUCGGAGAGUUCACACUGGAGCAAGACCUCACGAGUGUGAUGAAUGUGGAAAAUUAUUUAGCAACAAAUCCAACCUUAUUAAACACCGGAGAAUUCAUACUGGAGAAAGGCCAUAUGAGUGUAGUGAAUGUGGGAAAUCCUUUAGCGAAAGCUCUGCACUCCUUCAACACCGGAGUGUUCACACUGGAGAAAGGCCUUAUGAGUGCAGUGAAUGUGGAAAAUUCUUUACAUACCACUCCAGUCUCAUAAAACACCAGAGAGUUCACUCUGGAUCAAGGCCCUAUGAGUGCAAUGAAUGUGGAAAAUCCUUUACCCAAAACUCUAGCCUCAUUGAACACCGUAGAGUUCAUAGUGGAGAAAGGCCUUACAAGUGCAGUGAAUGUGGGAAAUCUUUUAGCCAAAGCUCUGCACUUCUGCAGCAUCGGAGAGUUCACACUGGAGAAAGGCCUUAUGAGUGCAGUGAAUGUGGGAAAUUCUUUACUUACAGCUCCAGUCUCUUAAAACACCAGAGAGUUCACACGGGAUCAAGGCCUUAUGAGUGCAGCGAAUGUGGGAAAUCUUUUACUCAAAACUCCAGCCUCAUUAAACACAGGAGAAUUCAUACUGGAGAAAGACCUUAUGAGUGUAGUGAAUGUGGGAAAUCUUUUAGCCAUAGCUCUAGCCUUAUUAAACACCGAAGAGUUCACAGUUGUUAAAGGCCUGAUAAGUGCAAUGAAUUUGGGAAAUCGUUUACCCAUAGAUCCAGCUUCAGUGACCACUAG